UUACACACAUUUGUCAACAAUGCUGGAGAGAAAUGCUGAUAUUGUGGAUGUGGAACAAGUUUGACAUCUUUCACUUCAUCUCAUAAAAAAUUAAGUGUUGUGUUUAUAUUUUUGUUGUGUGUAUAUACAAGUGUACAAUCAGCAGCAACAGAACCGAUGGUGUAAUAGCGACCAUGCGGAAUCAUUAAUCGUGCUGAUAAACCACAAUGUGUAACGCGCAUGACAUGACACACCAACAUUUUAAAGUGCAUGCAGAGCUAGAUAAAGCUGCUGACCACUCAUGAUACUUCAAAUGCAGCUACUGCUAUGUUGUAGAGUUGAUUAAAAAAAAGUCAUCAGGAGGUUGUCUACAGCCACAGCCAAUGUUUAAUAUUUUUAAAAUAGGAAACGCUGUGGUUAAUUGAGUAGAGGCAUCAAUUGGAGCAUUUACGGUAGUCCGCUGGCAUUGCCUGUGAAAAUCAGCAUUUUACCGCUUUUUUUCCCGGUUCGCCGUCCCGUACAAGCAGCACUGAUGACGGCAUGAGAGGCUCAAAGUCGUCCCGGCAAUAUUCCGCCUUUGGAGGUAGCAUCAGAGCCGUAACAUGUGUGCCAGGGAUUGCCGCGAUGCUGGGACCGGUUUGUGUUGAGUGAGAUUGUCGCCGCUGGCGUCAUCCAGGAAUGCGAUUAUACUGUAUGUUGCUGUGCCGGUUGCGUCAAUAUCUCUGCUUUUUGCCUGGGUUCUGUGCGAAAAGCAUCUCCGCGAGGUCCCAGAAAGACGCUUGCGGUAAGCUGGACCACAAAGCAUUUGGAGAUUGUGGUGCGUUCCACACGCUGCGCCUGGAUGGCUCCUCACUCACCCUGGCCUUGGAUCGAGGCAACUGCACUCUUCAAGUCCAAAGAUUGUCUCAUUCCACAGGAAGAGUGGCCAUGAAGAAGCUGUUUUGCCAGCAGGUAUGGAAAAGACCUCCCAGAAACAACCACCCGCAGGGGACGCUCUUCCCAGGGAUGACACGGUCUUUGGAUCUGAUGAGUCUCGUUGCGUCGCUUCAGCCGUUGCAGAUGAUAUAAAGUACUACAGCCCAUCAGGCUCUUCUGCGAUCGUGCUUUUUUCACGGCCGUAUUUACAGUACGCAUUUCGGUGACAACGAUGCACCGGCCUCUUUCCGUUAGUAGAGGCAACACCACGGAAUGCGUGCGUUAUUUCUCCGGUGUUUUGUCAAGUGCUGUAAACCACAAAUGAGUUGUUGUUUUUCUGCAGACACGCCUUUUCCAUCCGUGCCAAAGUGUGCAGUCGCUCGUAUGAAUCACGCCUCGUGUCGCCCGUGAUGUCCGCAACGUUACACUGUGUGUCGUCCUCGCUCAUACUGUUGCUUGUCUCACACGCCAAAAAAAACUCCGUUUGGGAGACGCCCUGCCGAGAAUCACGUUAAAACAACCGGUGGACGAAUCAUAACGCAUAUGCUGGGAUUUGCUUUUCACGUUUACUUUACUUGAUGAGCGUUUGCAAAGACACCCGAUGUUAUUUAUUAGUAGCUAUGUGUGUGUGUGUGUGUGUGUGCGCGCACGUGUGCGUGGCUUCUGGUAAAUACAUUUUCUUUGUCAUGUUGAUUUGAAAAACUUUUAUGUGACGAAGCCGCCCGUCUUUUGUAAAUAAAUCAAAUGUGAGAUAUUAAAAAGGACGUCAAAUGCUGCCUGCUUUUCUCAGUGGUGUCGUCGUUCCAGCUUUUGAAAGUGAAAAGCUUCUCCCGCAAUAAAGUGAGAACCUGUGUCCUGGCCGCUCAGUACAACAUGAAGGCAGCAGUGGCGAAAGACCGUGACAUCACCACGGUCAUGGCUUGCCAGCAAAGGCACGGACUUUAGGACCCGGGGGCGCACACCAGGCCAGCGUGCAGGCCGCUGCAGUGAGAGCGGAGCAUCUGGAGGAGCGCUGCCCGGCCAGGGGGAGGCGGUGGACGGGGAAGAGAAAAGAGAGGAAGAAGGAGGCUCCGGGUGGUGGACGAGACCAAAUCAAGAAGGGUCAGGCCCGGGACUCGGGAGGAGGGACAUCGGGAGAGAAGAGGAGAGAGGAAGGAUCGUCUCAUUUUUUAUUUUUAUUUUUUUUUCCAUCGCUGUCUUCAUUGACGUGAACCAUCACACACACCGCUCCCCCCACCCCCCACAGCAUCUCCGCCGUCCCCGCCAUGCCGUCCAACGCCGUCACCAAUGCUACAUUCAAAGGCUCCACCGACUACGCCGACCUGAUGGAAAGCAGAGCGGGAGACCACACAAUCCAGGACGUGGACCCGAUGACGGAUGAGGCCGACGGCAGCGGCCCGUGCACGCCUGGCAAGCUGGUGCGAAAGCGGAAGCAGCUUCCGGUAGGGAUCUACUUCAAAGAGGCCGCCAGCGGAAACCCCCGCCCGGGGCCGUCGCUACCGCUGUCCUACAACGGGGACGUGGGCGGGCACAGAGACAGGACGUCCGACGCCUGCUUCCCCAAGCCGGAGAGGAGGGAAGUGGAGAACGGGAUCCUCAGGGAGCCUUCAUCCUCCUCCUCCUCCUCCUUCUCUUCCUCCUGCCGGCCGGAGGACAGCGUGCAGGCUCAGGGUCCCGCCCAGCAGGACAGACCGCUGCAGGACGGCCAGGCCGUGCCGCACAAGAAGCGAGGGAGGCGGAAACUGGAACACCCGACCAAAUACGUGGAGCACGCCGAGGAGGACGCCAGCCGGGCAGUGAACAGCGAGGGAGGUCGCGGGAGGCUGCGAGGGGGCGUCGGCUGGGAGGUCAGCCUUCGCCAGAGGCCCGUGCCCAGGGUCACCUUCCAGGCCGGUGACCCGUAUUACAUUAGCAAGCGGACCAGGGAGGAGUGGCUGGCCAAGUGGAAGAUGGAGGCAGAGAAAAAGGCCAAACUGAUGUCAGCCAUGAACGCAAUAACCGACCCCGACGACGAGAAGGAGACGAAAGAGAGCCGGAAACAAGAACUCUCCCUGAGUCAGUGUCCACCGCCUUCCGAGCAGCAGCAGCCUCCGCCUCCGCCGCACAGUCUGCCUCAGUUGAAGCCUCAGCAUCCGUCGCAAUCACAGCCGUCACUCCCGCAGCAACAGCAGCAGCAGCAGCAACAGCAGCCUACUGACCCCGCCUCCCCCACUGUAGCCACCACCCCCGAGCCCGUGGCCAUCGUAGGCGGAGACAAGACAUCCCCCAAGUCUGGAGACACUGAACCAGAGUAUGAGGACGAUCGCGGUUUUGGCAUCGGCGAUCUGAUCUGGGGGAAGCUGCGAGGGUUUUCGUGGUGGCCGGGACGCGUCGUGUCCUGGUGGAUGACGGGACGGAGCAGAGCCGCCGAGGGAACCAGAUGGGUCAUGUGGUUCGGAGACGGAAAAUUCUCAGUGGUUUGCGUUGAGAAACUCUUGCCUUUUAGUUCCUUCAACAAUGCCUUUCACCAAGCAACCUACAACAAGCAGCCUAUGUACAGGAAAGCCAUCUACGAGGUGCUUCAGGCGGCAGGCAGCCGAGCAGGCAAAGUGUUUGAUGCCUGCCCUGACAGCGAUGAGAGCGAAACCUCCAAAUCGGUGGAGCUUCUGAACAGGGAGAUGAUAGAGUGGGCCAUGGCAGGGUUCCAGCCUAGCGGACCUCAAGGUUUGGAGCCACCAGAAGAGGAGCGCAACCCAUACAAAGAGGUUUACCCGGAAAUGUGGGUGGAGCCAGAAGCAGCGGCCUACAUGCCUCCGCCGGCCAAAAAGCCUCGCAAAAGCACAGCAGAGAAACCCAAGGUCAAGAACAUCAUCGACGAAAGGACGCGAGAGAGACUCAUUCAUGAAGUUAGACAAAAGUGCCGCAGCAUCGAGGAUAUUUGUAUCUCGUGUGGAAGUCUGAACGUCAGCAUCGAGCACCCGCUGUUUGCAGGAGGAAUGUGCCAGGGCUGCAAGAACUGCUUCCUGGAGUGUGCGUAUCAGUACGACGACGACGGCUACCAGUCGUACUGCACUAUCUGCUGCGGUGGACGCGAGGUGCUCAUGUGCGGGAACAACAACUGUUGCCGGUGCUUUUGUGUGGAGUGCGUCAACCUCCUGGUCGGCCAAGGAGCGGCCCACGCCGCAAUCAAAGAGGACCCGUGGAACUGCUUCAUGUGCGGCCAAAAGGGGGCGUACGGCCUGCUGGAGCGUCGCGCUGACUGGCCCUGCCGGCUCCAGCACUUCUUCGCCAACAAUCACGACCAGGAUUUUGAACCGCCAAAGCUUUACUCCCCGGUUGUGGUGGAGAACAGGAAGCCGAUUCGGGUCUUGUCGCUAUUUGACGGCAUAGCAACAGGGCUGCUGGUGCUGCGAGAUCUGGGCAUCGAAGUGGGCCGCUAUGUGGCCUCGGAGGUGUGCGAGGACUCCAUCAGCGUGGGGAUCGUGCGGCAUCAGGGUCGCAUUAUGUACGUGGGCGACGUGAGGAGCGUCACGCGCAAACACAUUCAAGAGUGGGGUCCUUUUGACCUUGUUAUUGGUGGGAGUCCGUGCAAUGACCUCUCCAUAGUCAACCCUGCAAGGAAAGGCCUUUACGAGGGCACGGGGCGCCUGUUCUUCGAGUUCUACAGGCUGCUGCACGAGGCUCGGCCAAAGACGGGCGAAGAGCGGCCGUUCUUCUGGCUCUUCGAGAACGUGGUGGCCAUGGGUGUCAGUGAUAAGAGGGACAUAUCUCGCUUUCUAGAGUGCAACCCGGUGAUGAUUGAUGCCAAGGAGGUGUCGGCCGCCCACCGUGCCCGCUACUUCUGGGGUAACCUGCCUGGCAUGAACAGGCCCCUGACGGCCAUGUGCACCGACAGGUUGGACCUGCAGGACUGCUUAGAACACGGAAGAACCGCCAAGUUUGACAAGGUGAGGACCAUCACCACCAGGUCCAACUCCGUCAAGCAGGGCAAAGACCAGCACUUCCCCGUCUUCAUGAACGAGAAGGAGGACAUACUGUGGUGCACCGAGAUGGAGAGGGUCUUUGGCUUCCCGGUCCACUACACGGACGUGUCCAACAUGAGCCGACUGGCCCGUCAGAGGCUGCUGGGUCGAUCGUGGAGCGUCCCCGUCAUCCGCCACCUCUUUGCACCGCUCAAAGAUUACUUCGCCUGUGUUUGAGCAGCAAGAGCGCUCACUCUGACCCUUCCUUUUUUAUUUUUAGGAACCACAACUGUAAGUUGAGCUGUGAGCCUCCAGUUAUACACGAGCAUAAUUUGUACGCAUCGGUGUAGAGUUCAUGUUAUUUCCUGUAUUUGAAUUGUAAUCUUAUUUAAUUUUUUUAGCAGUGUUAUCACAAGUUCUGAUUUGUUUGUGCAAGCUAUACUUGAGACUAUGCUUUCUUCUCAAGACACUGAGACAGAAAAAGAGCUAAAGACGCGUGAAGCGGCGGGGGUCGACGUACUGUGCGCGCGUUUCGGUUUUCUUGCCGUGCUUCCGGCGACUGAGCCUCGCGGAGAUGACGUGCGGGACGGGCGAGCGCCGCUGCGUCUCUUAAGAAUCCCAAAUCACAUAUACCUCUUUGUUUACGGUUUCUACACACAGGUGAAGGUAAUAAAAGGUACUACUGUAAUGGUCGCUACACCAUGGUGCUCCGCAAUGACCACAAACAUCCACCACCUCGUGGCCAAACCACUUACUUUACGCCGCACGGAGCUCUUGGUGCUCGUGCGCGUUUUGCAGCUUUUCUACCGUUCCUCUGGUGCUCGUCGAACCUCUCGGCUCCGCUCAGGCUCGCACAAACAGACCACGAAGCUACUCGACGGUGGUGAUGUUUCUUGUCAUUCAAACAAAGACAAAAAAACAACACUUUAGCGGCGUUUGAGGCCGCCCUGUGUGACAUUUACUGUACAACUAUUCAAACGCCAGCGGGGGUCGCCGCCCCGCCGCGUUACACGUCAGGCGCAAAACUCCUCGACGCAACACGGUGCGGCUUCACAAAGUCCUUCUACCUUUUUAUAGCAACUUUCUGUGCUGUUUUAUCAACAAUAUCAAGCACUUUUUGGAAUCUGUACUUGCCUUUUCAUUUGAUUUUUGCCGUUUCUGUGACUUUUUAAUGAUGUGAACUAGCCUGGCGGGUUGUUUUCUGCACGGUAGCGCAAACGUGGAAGAGUGGCUUCUCCCAUCCUGUCAAACUUUUCAUUGUCAGACUCCGCCUCCCAAGCAAGUGCUUUGCCGCAUCACCAGUUUUCCCAAAAGUGAGUACGCCCCUCUCAUUUUGCGAUAUCUUCACAAUACUGUAGAGACGGAUAGCACGGUGUCACAGUACAUGUUGGAGCUUGUGUUUCUCCCCGGUGAACCGCAGCUCCCCCCAAUAGCGACAGCACUCGUGCAGCCCGAAGCCACAACUGCUUUACUGCAGGGAAUUAUCUUGCUGCUCACUUGUGUUAAUCAGCAGAUAGUACAUCUGUACCGCUAGACAAGCUGUACAUGGACUACUCUACAUUUUAGCACAUGCAAUUUUACGUCUAUAGCAGGGGUGUCCAAAGGGCAGCACGGGGCUGUUUUUUUUAAUUGGCCUGUGUCACGUUAUAAAAAUAUAAUUAAACAAGAAAAAAACGACAGCCGUAAUUUUACAAGAAUGAAUAAAAUAGGAUGAGAAUAAAGUCGCAAUAUUUCAGUGAAAAAAGUCAUGAUGUUACGAGAGUGACGUCGGAACACGAUGAGGAGAAAACAUUCAAAUAAAAAAGUUAAUUCAAUUAAAAUGAAAGGAAAAAUAUGCCAUGUUGGGAGAAACCAAACAAAACAAAAAAUAAAGUUGCAGAGAAGUUCAAAUACUAUGACAGUAAGGUCAAAAUAUUCUCAGAAUAAAGUCAUUAAAUGAUCAGAAAAGAACAUGUCAGUGUUGAAAUAUUUGGAAAAAAUUUUAAAAAAGUAAUUUAAGGAGAAAAAGUGAAUACUAACAAUAGACUUUCACGUACAUCACAAAGCUGAGAUGCAGUUUUAAGAAAAUCACACUUCUUAGCGUGUCCAUCCUCCAGUCUUGCAGUGUGGAGCCUUCGUGCUCCUCUUCACAAUAUCACCGUACAUGUUGGAAGUCACGUUCCCCCCUCAAAGAAUGAAUGAAUGAAUGAAACCUUUUAUUCUGAAGGGAUGAAAACAUCCAAAGCUACAUGUCCCUGUGUGAAAAAGUGAUGGCCCCCUAAAGCUAAUAAGUGGUUGGGCCCCCCUUAGCAGCAACAACUGCAAUCAAGCGUUUGUGAUAACUUGCAAUGAGUCUCUUCCAGUGCUGGGGAGGAAUUUAGCAGAAUUGUUGUCAUUCAGCCACAUUGGAGGCUUUUCCUUUUGAAGGGCAUGCCACAGCAUCUCAAUAGGAUUCAGGUCAGGACUUGGACUAGACCACUUUUUCCACACAGGGCCAUGUAGCUUUGGAUCGUUUUUCUCCCUUAAUAAUAAAAAGUUUCAUUUAAAAAGUGUAUUUUGUGUUCAGUUGUGUUGUCAUUGGCUAAUAUUUACAUUUGUUUGAUGAUCUGAAACAUUGAAGUCUGACAAACAUGCAAAAAAUAAGAAAACACAGGGGGGGCCAACACUUUUUCACACCACUGUCCAAUACAUGCUGCUGUACGAGCUGUACACUGACUACUCUUAAGUUCCAUGUACAUUACACAGUGUACUUUCUGGUACUGACGCGUGAGAAGACACACUGUCUGAAAAUAUUUUGCUGAAAUGUGAUGGGUGUAGUCACUUUCGGGGAACACCGUACACGUUACUAGCCAGGUGCGUCACCUGCUUUUGUAGAAAUGUCCUCCGUUUUAAUGGUGGAUUUGAAGGGAAUACUCGGCAUUUGGACAGGUUUGCCUUAUAUGACAGAAGAUGCAUUCAAAUGACAGUAAAACCAGUUGAAAUAUGUCAAGGAUGGACAUUUUUCACUGUUGGAUCUUAAGGAGGUUCUAAGUAGAGCUUCAACAUACAAAAAGAAGAAAUGGGAGUGAGACAAAAGGUCAUUUUCACAGCGGCUAAAAGAGCUAACAACAGCAGCGCCCCGUCUAGUUGUUUAUUUAUAUUUCAGGUGAUUUUAAUGAUAUGUUUACAAUGUGGACAGCGCCUUAUCAUUUAAGUCAGGGGUGUCCAAAGUGUGGCCCGGGUGCCAUUUGCAGCCCACAGCAAAUUCUAAAAAUAUAAUUAAACAAGACAAAAAAACCUGUAAAAAUUGAAAAAUCUGCAGUAAUUUUACAGGAAUAAAGUCAAAAUAUUAAGAGAAUAAAGUUUUCAUCUAACGACUAAAAGUCAUAAUUUUACGAGAAUAAUGCCAUAAUAUUAUGAGGAAAAAUGACAUCUAUUUAUUAGCAUAAAGUUGAAAUAUUAAAGGAAAAGAUGUAAUGUCAGAAACAAAAGAUGUAUACAUUUGUCAUUUUUGGAAAAUUAGGUUGCAGAAAAAGCUACAAUAUUAUGGGAAUAAAGUCAUAAUUACAGGACGAACAUGCACUAAAAGAAAGUUGAAAUAGUUGGGGGAAAAAUGAGCAGAAAUGGAAAAAACAGCUGUCAUUUUAUGAGAAUAAAGUCAAAAUAUUAUGAGGACAUUUUCGUAACAAAGUUGAAAUAUAAAAAAACAGCUAAACUAAACAAAAGAAAAUACUACACAUAUGGUAGUCCUAAUUUUUGGAAAAUGAGGUUGGAGAAAAAGUUGUAACAUGAUGAGAAUAAAGUCCUGAUAUUACAAAAAGAAAAUGUAUGAAAAUCAUUUAAGAAGAAAGUUGUAAUAUUUGGAAAAUUAAAAAAACAGCAAAAAUGGGAGAAAAAAAGAUGAAAGAGUGAAGUUGAUAUGAAUAAUAGGCUUUUUAAGACAAAGCUGAGAUGCAGUUUAUUCUUGAAAUAUAAAUCACUUCUUAGCGCAUCUCACAAAAUAUCAAGUGGCAAAGCUGCAUCCUGUCGUGUUUCUCUAUGUUGGCCUCGCUGGGUAACGUUUGGACACCCCUGCUUCAAGCCAAGCACCGAAGCUUCCCUUUAAGGAUGAGGACCACAUUCAGCCGACUGAAUUCUCUUGAUUGUAAGUCAAAAACACACAUGGAGGAUUUAGCUGAGUUUGUUUUGAGUAGAGCAACUGACCAUGUACUUAAACGUGUUUGUACUUUCUAAUGUAGUCCUAAGUUCUUAAGUGACCUUAUCGCCUUCACUUUCAGCCGUCAUCAACCCUCCCGUGUAAAUGGUGUAAAGCAGGGGUCACCAACGUGCCCGUGGGCACCAGGUAGCCCCCACGACCACAUGAGGUGCCCGCAAGCCUGCUUUUCAUUCAGGUGUUCAGUUAAUAAUGAACGAACAGUAGAAAGAAAUGCAUUGUGAAAUACAACAUGUGAGUUGUGGACACCAGCAUUUUGUUCAUGUUCUGGUAAAACAAGCAUAUUCACUUUGUUUGGCUUUAAAAUAAGCUCUGAAAAUAAAUGUUAGAAAAAUGAGUAGCUCUUGCCCAUUUUCAUUUUGUAAAAGUAGCUCUCACAAGGACAAACCUUGGUGACCCCUGCUGUAAAGUUUCCACUCUUGUGUUUGAAUGGAAAUGUACAAAUGUCAUUGCUGGCUAAUAUGUAAUCCAACUAGACGUGCUCUUUGUGAGAUUGAGGAAAAUCCCCACGUGUGAACCCGCAUUUCCUGUCGGCGUGCACAGCCCUUCACGGGCUGCUGUCUUUUGCGUUUUCUUUCACUCCAAACCCAAGAAAUGUUUGGGGUUUUUAAUUUCCUGUCGGUGCUACACAUUUGACAGCAUCUAUGAGUGUGAGAGACUGAUUGGCAUACGAGAACUGUUCCUUGUCGUUAUGGAAAUGAAUCAACUCUAUGAGCAGAAACAAAAAAAAAAAGGCAUUUUAACUUUGUACUUGAAAAAAUACAAAUAAAAAGGUUUGCUAUAUUGUUUUUAGACUAGACGAUCGCUGUAGUCGGUGCAUAUCUGUGGGAAAAUUGUCACUGUAGCGUAACGUAUGCUAAUACGCCUUGCUUCUCAUUCCGACAUUCCACGCACUCAAGUUCUACAUGUGUUUUAUUAUAUUGUUUGUUUUUUUUCAUCUGCAAGUUUACUUCAUAUCCACUGGUCCAUGACUCCCUUACCACCAUUACUGUUUAUGGCCAAAUGUGUGUUUUUUAUGGUUUCUUUUGAUUGAAGAAGAGUUUUUACAGCAAAUGUAGCAGUCAUCCUCCUACUACACACGUACACGACUUAUGUUUAGUGUCCCGAGAGAAGAUAAAGAAGACUCCGUAUGUACUUGUGCUGGAGAACACUUGAAUAAAUGUAUUGUUUUUGUGCAAAAGAACGUUCUGCCUUGUCUGUUUUCUCUCAUCAAACAGGCAUCUUGUUGAGUCUUUGUAGCAAAAUUGAGAGCCAGUAGUAUCCACCCUUCCGUCUGUGUCAUUGAAGUGGCUUACGGUGUCGUGA